GGUUUUCCCACCUUCCAAAUCUUAAAUCCGAAAGCUCGGAGGAGGAAUCGACGGUGAUUUCGAUUUGGGUUGAGAAACCCACGGCGGAGAAAGACUGUUUGAUCUACAAGAAGAAAAUUAUUGAAAAGAUAACUCUGCCCCUCAACAUCUCAAUAAUCUCAGUCCUUUAACUUUACAUAAAGCUUUGUUCGUGGCCGACCACCAAGCUCAGCCGCUCGCCGCUUCUCACCGGUCACUGUCCGACUAUCGUUGCUUGGUGGUAGUCAUCUUUCUCUUAGCUCAGUUCGACUAGGCCAAUGUCCUUCUCUCUGUGUUUUCUCGUCAAACUCUCAUCGGAGUUCCAACCCACCGCUGGGCUGUUGUGUUUGGUUGGUUUCAGAGUCUUUUGGAUUUGGCGAUCAACCCAGUGAGCUCUCUCUCCGAUGUGAUCUGGGUCUCUAGAUUUUUUUCUCUCCAAUCUAAUCUGGGUCUCCUUGGAUUCUUUCUCUCUCUGAUUUGAUUUGGGUUUUUAAGUUCAGUUUUUAGUCAAAUCUGUUCUUAUUUCUGAUUUUGUUGGUAAAAACCAGAUGAACCCCAAAAUUGAAAAACCCAGAAAAAAUUGAUUCAUUGUUGAAUAAAUAGCGACUUUUUGUAAAUUGUAUUUGAUAUUGAUAAUUGACGUUGGAUCCUUUCGUUCGAGUUUGUUGUGCUUUGUUCUGAAUUUGUGUAUUGAAAUUUUGUAUUUCGAUGCCAUUUUUGGUUGUAAACAAUGUAAAGAAUUUUUUUGUGUUUCUGGGAUUUCUUCAUUUUGUUUUAUAAUUAAAUUAGUUUUUUUUUUUUGCAUUUUUUUAAUAAUUAAAAAUCUGAAAGAAAAAAUGCACUUAACGGGAGCAUUAACGGAAGUUAGUGGAAGAAGACCUGAAUUGAAAACUUUUGAAACUUAAAGGACUGAAUUGAGAAAAGAUAAAGUUAAAUGACUAAAAUGAAUUUUGGUAAAACUUAGAAGAUCAAUUUUACAUUUUAGCUGAUAAAUAAAUAAAAAGAUUUGGUUUUGUUUUUUCUGUUAUUUUAGUUAGUUAGGCUAAGCUCAUUUUAGUUAGUUAGUAAGUGUUUUCUGUUAUCAUUUGAUUCUAAAAAAAAGGACUAAGCUCAUUUGACUUGAGGAUUUAAUUUUGAUCUUAAAAUGAUAUAAUUAAAAUCAUAAAAAAAAGGGGCCCAAAUUUAAAUUUUCCUGCUCAUUUUACUGUGUUUUCUCUGCUGCCAAACAGGAACUGAUUGUUGAAUUAAGUUCUUGGCUUUGACAUGUGAUUUUGUGGGUCCUCGUCAACUUGAAGGUUCUUGUGAUAUAGGUGUUUUUUGGAUGUAAGAAUGAUUUAAUCAUAUGCUUUGGCUUGCAAUAUGAAAAGGGUUGGAAGGGUAAUAUAAUAUAGACGAACAAUUUGAAGUGUUGGAAGAGUUGAAUAUGUUGUUGCGUAAGUUUAAUCUGUUUUGUUAGGGAGGUUUUGCAUGUUUUUAAUGGUUAAAGUUGAGCUCAAACCUGGAUUUUGUAAGCUUAGAGACUAAAUCAUGCUCAAGAUAUAAGUUGCAAGUUAUGGAGCUGUCAAAGAAGAAGACGAGGAGAGGUCCUUUUACAAAGAAUUCAAUUGCUUUUGUAUGCAUAGUUGUGUCUGUUUGUUGCAUUUUUGUUGCUUUUAUUUCAAUGUUUCGGCUUCCUGAAGUACCAGUUGGAAUGUAUCAAACUGCAAAAACGGGAAGAGUUUCCGAGAAUGAGAAAUUUAUUGGGAGGUUUGGGGGGAUGAUGAUUGAGAUGUUGCCUGAAGACCUGGCUUUUACCGUCUUUGUCCCUUCGCAGAAAGCUUUUGAGCGUGAUUUGAGGCUAAGGGUGAAUGAUGGUCUGGUGGGGGAGAAGAUGAACGAUACUUAUGCAAUAGUUUCUCGAGUUAUGGGUUUCUCAGCUGUUCCUCGGACUCUUUCAUCAGUUAUGGUACCAGUUGGUGGGGAGGUCUCAUAUGAUUCCAUUUCCGGGUUUCCAUUGUACAUUACAAAGGGUAUAGAUGGGAUGCUGGUUGUUAAUAGAAUUCGGUCAGAAAGGGUAGAUAUUAGGAAGGGAGAGAUUGUUGUGCAUGUUAUGGAUGGAGUCAUCAUGGAUGCUGAGUUUGAGCAAUCAGUUCAACCUGAUUACAGUGAAGAAUGAGUGGAAACAAACCAUUCAAACUCUACUGAAUUGACUUCAUUCUUGGCUUUGUACUACAGGUUCAAUACAUGUUUUAACGUGUAGUAUAUAAUGAAUGAUGUAUUUUUGCACACUAGGAAAUUUGUACCUCGGUUAUUAACCAGAGAAAUAUGUUGCCUA